AGAAUGAAACAGAUGAUGAAGAUAAUGUUGAUGAUAAUCCAUUAGCUAUUAAUGAAGAUGAAGAAAUACAAACAGGAGACGAGGGCGGCGAUGAUGAUAAUAAUGUUCAACAACAACAAUUAACAGCGGCAACGGUAAAUACUUUAUCAACAACAAAUAUAUGCACGCUCUUUCAUAUAUAGCAUAUAAGUAGAACUGUACCGAAUGGCUCGGAUAAGAGCUCCAAACGGUAUAUUACGCUUUAUAUGAAAUGCAUGAAUACUGGAAAAAGGCAGGUAAUAAG